CACUCCUUUCAAAUCCCGACAGAUAUGUGUUAACUCGUAUAUACACAGUCGUCGCAUUGAAACACACACACUGGACAGUUUUACAACAUGCCGCCCAAGGAAAAUGCCAAGGAAGAAAAUUCAAACUACUUCACCUGGACACAGCUUCUCGUGGCCGUGUCCGUGUCCUUGUGCUCCUUCUGCACUGGCUUCUGCGGUGCUUACACCUCUCCGGCCUUGCCCUCCAUGAAGGGCGAUGAUGGCAAGUUCUCGAUCACAUCCCAGGAAGAGUCUUGGGUGGGUGGCCUUAUGCCACUGGCCUGUCUUGUGGGAGGCAUUCUCGGCGGCCUACUGAUCAUGUAUAUUGGCAGGAAGUGGACAAUUAUGAUCACGGCUCCUCCGUUCAUUAUCGGCUGGCUGCUGAUCGGCUUUGCCACAACUAUCGGCAUGGUGCUGGCUGGUCGCGUGUUCUGCGGUCUGGCCGUGGGCCUGGCCACCUUGGUCCUGCCCGUCUACCUGGGCGAGACGUUGCAUCCGAAUGUGCGCGGGACCCUGGGAUUAAUGCCCACCCUGCUGGGCAACGGGGGCCUGUUGCUCUGCUACGCCUUUGGUUCCUUUCUCAACUGGUACUUACUGGCCUUCGCUGGGGCCAUAUUCUGCAUUCCCUUUAUCAUUCUGACCCUGUUCGUGCCGGAGACACCGCGCUACCUUUUGUCGCGCGGCAAGCCCGAGAAGGCCCAAAAGUCGCUCGCCUGGCUGCGUGGCAAGACCGGCGACGUCGAUGCAGAGAUGAAGGAGCUGGCCAGCACCCAGGGCGAGACGGCCAAUGCCAAGAGCACGUAUGGGGACAUGUUCAAGAAGCGCAACCGCAAGCCCAUUCUCAUAUCCCUCGGCCUGAUGCUGUUCCAGCAGAUGAGCGGCAUCAAUGUGGUGAUCUUCUACACCCAUCAGAUCUUUCUGGACGCCGGCUCCACCAUUAAGCCGGCCAUUGCUACGGUCAUUGUGGGCUUGGUCAACUUUGUGGCCACUCUAAUAGCCACCGCUGUAAUCGAUCGAGUGGGACGCAAGGUCCUGCUAUACAUCUCCGACACGACCAUGAUUAUCACCCUGUUCACGCUGGCCAUAUUCUUUUUCGGCAAGCACAAGGACUGGGAUCUCUCGGGUGUGGGAUGGCUGCCGCUGGUGGCCGCCGGUUUUUAUGUGCUGGGCUUCUCCGUGGGCUUCGGACCCAUUCCCUGGCUAAUGAUGGGCGAGAUAAUGCCGGCCAGUGUCCGUGCUCCGGCUGCCUCUGUGGCCACCGCUUUUAACUGGCUGUGCACUUUCAUAGUCACCAAAACGUAUAUGGACAUGAUCUCUCUGAUCAAUAGCUAUGGCGCCUUUUCCGUAUAUUGUGUGUGCUGCAUUAUAGGCAUGCUAUUUGUCAUCUUCUUUGUGCCCGAAACCAAGGGCAAGUCCCUGGAGCAAAUCGAGGCAGAGCUCACUGGAGGGAAGGAAUAGAUGCAUACACGGAAAUAUUUCCCAUUCAGCAUUAAUUCCAGUUUUUAUUAUUUCGUUCCCGCUGGAGUUUUCUGCCUCUCUUUUUUUGUGCUGCCAAAUAAGGUAAACUUAAUUCCGGCAGUUGUCUGGAAUCGUCUCUGGGAUACGCACAUAAAAGUUUUUACCACGAGUUUUUAUGCUUCUGCAGUUUCUGCACCUCACGGCGACGGCUCUUCCCCACCCUCCUUCCUGCUUUACGUGGCAGUUACUCAUAUGAUUUUGUGGCUACAAAGUUGAGGCGUAAAUAAAAUUAUUCCAUAUUUUUGCUAGC